CGAGCACGGGGGAGGGGGCACCAGACAGAAAGGGGGCCCGAAAAUGAAAAUGAAACGCAGUGUGUCCUCCCUCCAUCGUCAGAAUUUCCUGAAGGGUUUUUUACUCGACAGGAGAGAGAGGACGGAGGAAUCGUUAUCUAUUUCAUAAUUGUACUGUACAUGUUCAUGGCGGUAUCCAUCGUAUGUGACAGUUACUUCCUACCUUCCCUCGAGAUCAUCAGUGAAUCCCUUGGCCUCUCUCAGGAUGUUGCUGGAGCAACUUUUAUGGCAGCUGGUAGCUCUGCUCCUGAACUAGUCACUGCUUUUUUGGGAGUGUUUGUGACAAAGGGAGAUAUUGGAGUGAGCACUAUCCUUGGAUCAGCAAUCUAUAACCUUCUUGGUAUCUGUGCAGCUUGUGGACUGUUAUCUAGUAUGGCUUCACGUCUAUCCUGUUGGCCACUGUUCAGAGACUGCCUGGCAUAUACAGUUAGUGCAGCAGCAGUCCUUGCAAUGAUAUUUGACAACAGAAUUUACUGGUAUGAAGGCGCUUUCUUGUUGUUGAUAUACGGAUGUUACAUUCUGGUGCUGUGUUUUGACAUUCAAAUUAAUCAGUAUAUUAUGAAGAAGUUUAGCCCCUGCUGCACCUGUUUUGCAAACUCCGUGGAAGAGAAUGCUGAACAACAGCCACUGACUGGGUGGAAGGAAGAGAGUCGGCCACUAAUUCGUCGACAGUCGAGAACAGAUAGUGGAAUUUUUCAAGAUGAAUCAGAUUACUCUCAACUUUCUAUAAGUUUACAUGGGCUUGAUAUUCCUGAAGAUCCUUCAAGUGUCUUCACCAUGCCUGAAGCAGAUAUGAAGAGAAUUCUCUGGGUAUUAUCCCUUCCUAUUAUUAUACUUCUCUAUUUGACCAUACCAGACUGUAGAAGACAGUUUUGGAGGAACUGGUUCAUGGUGACAUUUUUCAUGUCAGCAGCAUGGAUUUCUGCAUUCACAUACGUCCUUGUAUGGAUGGUAACAAUUGUGGGUGAAACACUGGGGAUUCCAGAGACAAUAAUGGGCCUUACAUUACUAGCAGCAGGGACAAGCAUACCAGACACAGUUGCAAGUGUGCUUGUGGCUAGGAAAGGAAAAGGAGACAUGGCUUUGUCUAACAUUGUAGGAUCCAAUGUAUUUGAUAUGCUGUGCUUAGGAGUACCUUGGUUUAUAAAAACUGCUUUCGUAGAUAGAUCAGCACCUGUGGAAGUGAACAGCGGUGGUUUGACUUAUACAGCCAUUUCUCUUAUCUGCUCCAUUGUUUUUAUUUUUCUGGCAGUUCAUUUAAAUGGAUGGAAACUAGAUAAGAAACUAGGAGCAGUCUGUCUAGUGAUGUACUUAGCAUUUGCUACAUUAUCAAUUUUAUAUGAACUUGGGAUCAUAGGGAACAAUCAUGUGAGAGUCUGUGAUGACUCAUUUUAAAGUCAGUGACUGUAUUGA